UUGGUGUGUGGAAACCGUGGAAACUGGAAAGUGUCAAAAAAAAAUUGCAUACACAAAGAAUUUUUGUCAACAUUGGGUUGAAAAAAGUGAAAUUUCGCAAUUUAUAGUGAAUAUUCCGUGAUUAAGUACCCUUGUAGACGAUGGGGGAGUGCCUGAAGCUCCUAAUUCUUGGGGUAUUAGUGAAUUUGGGGACCUGUUUGGACUUUACACAGACAGUUUUUGGAUCAGCGACUGAUGGGGUUCCUGCUGCCUUUGGGGACUUCAAUUCUGACGAAUUGACAGACAUGUUUAUGCUGCGAGAUGAUUUCAAAACAGUGCAAAUCUUCUUAGGAUCUGACACAGAACCUCUGCUGAAGGAGGGGCCAAAGUGUACAUUCAAGAAUUUGAGGAUUUCUAGUGUUGUUCCGGGAGACUUCGAUGGAGAUGCCUUCAUGGACGUUCUCAUAACUGUGAGGAGCAAUGAGAAGGACAAACUUGGAAUUUUUAUCAAUUGGGGAGGAUCUUCGUAUAUGAACUGUACGGGAGAGGAGGAGAAGAUUCUGGAUGUUCAUGGGGAGCCAAUGGUGCUGGAUUACAACAAUGACAUGGUGAUGGAUUUGUUUGGGCUAGAAACAGAAACACACAAGAGGACUUUCUGGCUCUUCCACAAGGACCGCUCGAAACCAGAAGUUCGCCAGAUGCCAAAGGAUCACAAGGCUGAACUGAGACUUCCUCAUUCCCACGCCUUUAUUGACCUCAAUCAUGACUUCACAGCUGACCUGUUCAUCACCACUGACCGGGAAUUUGAGGUUUGGAAUGGCACAGAACGCCAUGAUGGCUUCAUCUUCAGUCACACCAUUGAACUUCCCACAGGACUCAAUGAACACGUGGGACAAGCGAUCUUUCUAGAUGCUGAACUUAAAGGAAACAUCAAUCUCGUCCUUCCCAUCUGCUUCGACCGGAAGUGUGCCAAUUCCACCAUUCUCGUGCACAAUGGUCACAAAUUUCACGAUCUUGAGGUCAACUUCAAAGAUCCCGACAACAAACAAUGGGGAUUUGUCAUUCCAGAUGAUGACCUCUUCACAAAUGCCAUCACGCUCCGCGGUGGUGACUUCAACAUGGACGGCUACCCAGAUCUCCUGGCAACCCUCCAGCAACAUCCCGGAGGAGCCAUCCAGACUUUUCUACUGGAAAAUGUUCCUGUAGAGCGCAAAAAUAAUCCCAUAUCGAGGACUUUUGAGGUGCGCUGGAAGGCCUUGGCCCCCUUUGCAAAUGGAACCAUCGCUGGAGCAUUCUAUGACUUCUAUCAAGAUGGAAUUCUCGAUGUUGUUCUGGUAGAAAAAGCAAAUGGGAAAUACAGGACCAAAGCGUUCCGGAACUCCUUGGAUUACGAUGCCAACUUUGUCAAGGUAAUCGUUCUCACGGGAUUAGUGAAUAAAGAAGUGCCCACGACAAAAACACCACUCGGCAGGACAAAGAAGACUUACGGCACAAAUCUACCUGGACCCAGAAUUGCUUACUACACCAUUACCCAGGAUGGAUAUCCACAGUACGGGACAUCGGCCCAAAUUCCUCAGUCGGCUUACUUUGCCCUCCAUUUGCCCUAUACAAUUUUUGGUCUGGGCAGAACACCUAAUUUCGUGGAUUCCAUCACCGUGGGGCUGUCCAAUCAGUCCAAGACCUGGACUCAGCUCAUCCCAAAUUCCCAGAUGAUCGUCGUGCCGUGGCCAAUCAAGGAACCAUGGCGCUGGAAGGCUCAACUCUUUGUAACUCCAAGUAAAUUGAUCCUGAUGAGCAUGGUGGCUUUGGGAGGGACUUGUCUAGUCAUUAUGCUCAUUAUUCUGGGGCUUUACAUUAAAGAGAAGCGGGAAGAUAAGUUGGAGCGGCUACAGGAAGCACAUAGAUUUCACUUUGACGCUAUGUAGAGAGAAAUUGGCGCAAAAGUUCUUUUAAAUUAUUGUGAUGCUAAAAUAUACCCCUUCACCCCUUGUUCGUUUAAUGUAAAAAGUAUUUAAUCAAAAUGUAAUAAAUAGAUAUUUAUAAAUUAA